GAAAUGCGUAAAUACGCACACGUCGAAGCCUGCCGCAUCACAUUGUGGUCCACAGCCGGCAAGAUGCGCUUCUUCCUGCUGUUCGCUGUUGUCAUUGGCAUCGCCUGCGGCGCAGCAGUGCCCAAGGCGCCCAAGCAUGAGACAGUCCAGCGCUUCCCGGCCCAGCGAUCCAGCCGCAACCUGCAGGAUGACCUGAACGACUUCCUGGCCCUCAUCCCCGUCGACGAAAUCGUCAAUAUCGUCCUCAACUAUGUCGCCAACGACGCUGAGGUGCAGGCCGCCCUCCAGUACCUCAUGUCUGACGAGUUCGAGAGCAUCGUCGUGUACGUCGACCAGCAGCCCGAGCUGUACGAUCUGCUCAACUUCCUCGAGUCCUCAGGCCUUGACCCCUACGGCUUCCUCAACACCAUCCACGACUUCCUGGGCAUUCCUCAGAUUACGAAACCCGCCAGCCGAAUGAGGAGGAGCAGCAGGAGCCUCAAGUCCAUGCUCGAUGAGAUCCUCGCCAUCCUCCCAGUCGACGAGCUGAAGGCUCUCUACAACGAGAAGCUGGAGACCAGCCCUGACUUUGCUGAACUCAUCAACAGGCUCAGCUCGGACGAGUUCCACCAACUGGUGCUGCGCGUUCUGGAGCUGGACGCUGUGCAGGAGUUGAUCCAGAUGCUGAGGGACGCCGGUAUCGAUGUGGACGCUAUCAUGGACUUCAUCCGCAAUCUCUUCGGCUGGGCUGACUCCGGCUCAUUGAAACUGAAGCCAUUCCGUGGUGCAAAGAUGAUCCAGCGUUUCCCAGCAAAAAAAUCCAGCCGCAACCUGCAGGAUGACCUGAACGACUUCCUGGCCCUCAUCCCCGUCGACGAAAUCGUCAACAUCGUCCUCAACUACGUCGCGAACGACGCUGAGGUUCAGGCCGCCCUCCAGUACCUCAUGUCUGACGAGUUCGAGAGCAUCGUCGUGUACGUCGACCAGCAGCCCGAGCUGUACGAUCUGCUCAACUUCCUCGAGUCCUCAGGCCUUGACCCCUACGGCUUCCUCAACACCAUCCACGACUUCCUGGGCAUUCCUCAGAUUACGAAACCCGCCAGCCGAAUGAGGAGGAGCAGCAGGAGCCUCAAGUCCAUGCUCGAUGAGAUCCUCGCCAUCCUCCCAGUCGACGAGCUGAAGGCUCUCUACAACGAGAAGCUGGAGACCAGCCCUGACUUUGCUGAACUCAUCAACAGGCUCAGCUCGGACGAGUUCCACCAACUGGUUCUGCGCGUUCUGGAGCUGGACGCUGUGCAGGAGUUGAUCCAGAUGCUGAGGGACGCUGGCAUCGAUGUGGACGCCAUCAUGGACUUCAUCCGCAAUCUCUUCGGCUGGGCUGACUCCGGAUCCUUGAAACUGAGGCCAAUCCGAGGUGCAAAGAUGAUCCAGCGUUUCCCAGCAAAAAAAUCUAGCCGCAACCUGCAGGAUGACCUGAACGACUUCCUGGCCCUCAUCCCCGUCGACGAAAUCGUCAACAUCGUCCUCAACUAUGUCGCCAACGACGCUGAGGUGCAGGCCGCCCUCCAGUACCUCAUGUCUGACGAGUUCGAGAGCAUCGUCGUGUACGUCGACCAGCAGCCCGAGCUGUACGAUCUGCUCAACUUCCUCGAGUCCUCAGGCCUUGACCCCUACGGCUUCCUCAACACCAUCCACGACUUCCUGGGCAUUCCUCAGAUUACGAAACCCGCCAGCCGAAUGAGGAGGAGCAGCAGGAGCCUCAAGUCCAUGCUCGAUGAGAUCCUCGCCAUCCUCCCAGUCGACGAGCUGAAGGCUCUCUACAACGAGAAGCUGGAGACCAGCCCCGACUUUGCUGAACUCAUCAACAGGCUCAGCUCGGACGAGUUCCACCAACUGGUGCUGCGCGUUCUGGAGCUGGACGCUGUGCAGGAGUUGAUCCAGAUGCUGAGGGACGCCGGUAUCGAUGUGGACGCCAUCAUGGACUUCAUCCGCAAUCUCUUCGGCUGGGCUGACUCCGGCUCAUUGAAACUGAAGCCAAUCCGAGGUGCAAAGAUGAUCCAGCGUUUCCCAGCAAAAAAAUCCAGCCGCAACCUGCAGGAUGACCUGAACGACUUCCUGGCCCUCAUUCCCGUCGACGAAAUCGUCAACAUCGUCCUCAACUACGUCGCCAACGACGCUGAGGUGCAGGCCGCCCUCCAGUACCUCAUGUCUGACGAGUUCGAGAGCAUCGUCGUGUACGUCGACCAGCAGCCCGAGCUGUACGAUCUGCUCAACUUCCUCGAGUCCUCAGGCCUUGACCCCUACGGCUUCCUCAACACCAUCCACGACUUCCUGGGCAUUCCUCAGAUUACGAAACCCGCCAGCCGAAUGAGGAGAAGCAGCAGGAGCCUCAAGUCUAUGCUCGAUGAGAUCCUCGCCAUCCUCCCAGUCGACGAGCUGAAGGCUCUCUACAACGAGAAGCUGGAGACCAGCCCUGACUUUGCUGAACUCAUCAACAGACUCAGCUCUGACGAGUUCCACCAACUGGUGCUGCGCGUUCUGGAGCUGGACGCUGUGCAGGAGUUGAUCCAGAUGCUGAGGGACGCCGGUAUCGAUGUGGACGCCAUCAUGGACUUCAUCCGCAAUCUCUUCGGCUGGGCUGACUCCGGCUCCUUGAAACUGAAGCCAUUCCGUGGUGCAAGGAUGAUCCAGCGUUUCCCAGCAAAAAAAUCCAGCCGCAAUCUGCAGGAUGACCUGAACGACUUCCUGGCCCUCAUCCCCGUCGACGAAAUCGUCAACAUCGUCCUCAACUACGUCGCCAACGACGCUGAGGUGCAGGCCGCCCUCCAGUACCUCAUGUCUGACGAGUUCGAGAGCAUCGUCGUCUACAUUGACCAGCAGCCCGAGCUGUACGAUUUGCUCAACUUCCUCGAGGACUCCGGCCUUGACCCCUACGGCUUCCUCAACAUGAUCCACGACUUCCUGGGCAUUCCUCAGAUCUCAAGACCCGCCAGCCGAAUGAGGAGGAGCAGCAGGAGCCUCAAGUCCAUGCUCGAUGAGAUUCUCGCCAUCCUCCCAGUCGACGAGCUGAAGGCUCUCUACAACGAGAAGCUGGAGACCAGCCCCGACUUUGCUGAACUCAUCAACAGGCUCAGCUCGGACGAGUUCCAUCAAUUGGUGCUGCGUGUGGGAGAGCUGGAGGCCGUGCAGAACAUGAUCCAGAUGUUGAGGGACGCCGGUAUCGACGUGGACGCUAUUGCCGACUUCUUCAGGAGGAUCUUCGGCUGGACCUCAAAAGAAACACCCUUCACCGCAUUCAAGAUGAUCCAGCGGUUCCCAGCGAAAAAAUCCAGCCGCAACCUCCAAGAUGACCUGAACGACUUCCUGGCCCUCAUUCCCGUCGACGAAAUCGUCAACAUCGUCCUCACCUACGUCGCAAACGAUGCUGAGGUGCAGGCCGCCCUCCAGUACCUCAUGUCUGACGAGUUCGAGAGCAUCGUCGUCUACAUUGACCAGCAGCCCGAACUGUACGAUUUGCUCAACUUCCUCGAGGACUCGGGCCUUGACCCCUACGGCUUCCUCAACAUGAUCCACGACUUCCUGGGCAUUCCUCAGAUCUCAAGACCCGCCAGCCGAAUGAGGAGGAGCAACAGGAGCCUCAAGUCCAUGCUCGAUGAGAUCCUCGCCAUCCUCCCAGUCGACGAACUGAAGGCUCUCUACAACGAGAAGCUGGAGACCAGCCCCGACUUUGCUGAACUCAUCAACAGGCUCAGCUCGGACGAGUUCCACCAAUUGGUGCUGCGUGUGGGAGAGCUGGAUGCCGUGCAGAACAUGAUCCAGAUGCUGAGGGACGCCGGUAUCGACGUGGACGCCAUCGCCGACUUCUUCAGGAGGAUCUUCGGCUGGGCCUCAAAAGAAACACCCUUCACCGCAUUCAAGAUGAUCCAGAGGUUCCCAGCGAAAAAAUCCAGCCGCAACCUCCAAGAUGACCUGAACGACUUCCUGGCCCUCAUCCCCGUCGACGAAAUCGUCAACAUCGUUCUCACCUACGUCGCAAACGAUGCUGAGGUCCAGGCCGCCCUCCAGUACCUCAUGUCUGACGAGUUCGAGAGCAUCGUCGUCUACAUUGACCAGCAGCCCGAGCUGUACGAUUUGCUCAACUUCCUCGAGGACUCCGGCCUUGACCCCUACGGCUUCCUCAACAUGAUCCACGACUUCCUGGGCAUUCCUCAGAUCUCAAGACCCGCCAGCCGAUUGAGGAGGAGCAGCAGGAGCCUCAAGUCCAUGCUCGAUGAGAUCCUCGCCAUCCUCCCAGUCGACGAGCUGAAGGCUCUCUACAACGAGAAGCUGGAGACCAGCCCCGACUUUGCUGAACUCAUCAACAGGCUCAGCUCGGACGAGUUCCAUCAACUGGUUCUGCGUGUUUUGGAGCUGGAUGCUAUGCAGAACUUGAUCCAGAUGCUGAGGGAUGCCGGCAUCGAUGUGGAUGCAAUCAUGGAUUUCUUCAGAAAUCUCUUCGGUUGGGCUGAUUCCGGCUCUUUGAAACUGAGACCUAUCGUAGCAGUCAAGAAGAUCCAGCGCUUCCCCACAAAAAAAUCCAGCCGCAACCUGCAGGAUGACCUGAACGACUUCCUGGCCCUCAUCCCCGUCGACGAAAUCGUCAACAUCGUCCUCAACUACGUCGCCAACGACGCUGAGGUGCAGGCCGCCCUCCAGUACCUCAUGUCUGACGAGUUCGAGAGCAUCGUCGUGUACGUCGACCAGCAGCCCGAGCUGUAUGAUCUUCUCAACUUCCUCGAGGACUCUGGCCUUGACCCAUACGGCUUGCUCAACACGAUCCACGACUUCCUGGGCAUUCCUCAGAUUACGAAACCCGCCAGCCGAAUGAGGAGGAGCAACAGGAGCCUCAAGUCCAUGCUCGAUGAGAUCCUCGCCAUCCUCCCAGUCGACGAGCUGAAGGCUCUCUACAACGAGAAGCUGGAGACCAGCCCCGACUUUGCUGAACUCAUCAACAGGCUCAGCUCGGACGAGUUCCAUCAACUGGUGUUGCGUGUUUUGGAGCUGGACGCUAUGCAGAACUUGAUCCAGAUGCUGAGGGACGCUGGUAUCGAUGUGGAUGCCAUCAUGGACUUCUUCAGGAAUCUCUUUGGUUGGGCUGAUUCUGGCUCUUUGAAACUGAGACACAUUGUCCCAGUGAAGAAGAUCCAGCGCUUUCCCGCAAAAAAAUCCAGCCGCAACCUGCAGGAUGACCUGAACGACUUCCUGGCCCUCAUCCCCGUCGACGAAAUCGUCAACAUCGUCCUCAACUACGUCGCCAACGACGCUGAGGUGCAGGCCGCCCUCCAGUACCUCAUGUCUGACGAGUUCGAGAGCAUCGUCGUGUACGUCGACCAGCAGCCCGAGCUGUACGAUCUGCUCAACUUCCUCGAGUCCUCAGGCCUUGACCCCUACGGCUUCCUCAACAUGAUCCACGACUUCCUGGGCAUUCCUCAGAUUACGAAACCCGCCAGCCGAAUGAGGAGGAGCAGCAGGAGCCUCAAGUCCAUGCUCGAUGAGAUCCUCGCCAUCCUCCCAGUCGACGAGCUGAAGGCUCUCUACAACGAGAAGCUGGAGACCAGCCCCGACUUUGCUGAACUCAUCAACAGGCUCAGCUCGGACGAGUUCCACCAACUGGUUCUGCGCGUUUUGGAGCUGGACGCUGUGCAGGACUUGAUCCAGAUGCUGAGGGACGCCGGUAUCGAUGUGGACGCCAUUAUGGACUUCUUCAGGAAGAUCUUCGGCUGGACGUUUUAAAGCCAUUGAGUCUUCCUGCACUCUCACCUGCGAACUGAUAAUAUAAGCACAUUUUCCAGUCACCGAUUUUGACGUACUCAAUGCGUAAAAAAAAUAAACCUCUGUGCUAAAAGUU